UACCACUCGAACACCACAGCAAACAGGGACCUGACGAGGCUUAGAAGUGGCAAAAUGGUUGAGAAACUCCUGCGGUUCAAUGCGGUUCUCCGCUUUGUGGUUUUUUUAGCUUUUCUCUCCUUUUGCAACGGUGCUGCGCUUUCCAGUGACGCGGACAUCCCUGCCAACGCCCAGUACUUCAACACCAAAACCCGUUACCAAGACGUCGACACGUACUUGCGGGAAAAUAUUCUGGCCAUAAACAGCUCCGCGGUGAAGCCUCCUGCUCCAACCUGCACCCCCGUCCACUUCACGAUCGUUGCCAGACACGGCACCAGAUUCCCAACCGCUGAGAACAUCAAAUUGAUUGGCGCCUUUGACGACCUCGUCAAGACUGAGGCGAAUGGCGACUUGAGUUAUCUGCCAGAACUCAAGGCAUGGAAGAUGUGGUACAAGGAGGACAUGGCUGGGCGCCUCACAGAGACAGGAAGGGAAGACCACAUUCAUCUGGCCCAGAGGAUGGUCGAGACGUUCCCCACUCUCCUGACCAAGGAGAACCUUCUGGGCGGCCGGGUCAAGUUCAUCACGAGUUCUGUACCUCGAUGCAUCAACAGCACCCUCUCUUUCCAACUAGGCCUGAAGGAGUGGUUUCAUCUUGAAGGUGAUGAAUUCCCGUACACAGUGAACGACACUCUGAUGCGCUUUUUUGCCUCGUGUGAACGAUUCGUGGAGACGGUGUUGGACAACCCAGAAUCUGUGAUACAGGCCACCCUCUUCAAAAACGGCCCGGAGAUGAAGACAGUUCAGAGGAAAGUGGCCGACCUGCUACAGAUCCCUUACGACAAGUUCACCGCAGAGCUCGCGGAGACAGGAUUCUACCUGUGCGCCUAUGAGUUCACCAUCCGUGGACUGAACUCCCCCUGGUGCCGGCUGUAUGAUAGAUCAGACGCAGAGGUGGUUGACUACGCUUCAGACCUGGGCCUGUACUAUAAGAGAGGCUAUGGCCACAAAAUUGACAGCAUGGCCAGCUGUGUUCUCUUCAACGACUUGUUUGACCGCCUUGAAAAAGCAGCCAAUGAGUUCAGUGCUGGCCAGUCUGUAUCUGAAGUGGUCACAGUGGAGAUCGGUCAUGCUGAAACGCUGCUGCCUCUUGUGACCUUGCUGGGCCUCUUUAAGGACAAGACCCCUCUUACCGCCGACAACUACGCCUCUCAGCUCAACCGUGCUUUCAACGGCGGACACAUCACGCCCUACAUCGGUAACCUGCUGGCGGCACUGUGGAGUUGCCCUGAUGGCUAUAGGGUGCAGUUGAGAGUGAACGAGAAACCGGUGGAAGUGCCGGGCCUCAAUGAAUUCUCUCCUCUGUUUAAGGAUGUUAAAGAACAAUAUCAUCAGAUAUUGGGCUGUAACCAAGAAGCCAUCUGCAAAAUGUAAAGUAAAAACCAGAAAACUACACUGAAAAAAGUAAUGAAAUGAAUUCUUUUCGCCCCUGGUUGUGCUGAUGUGUUUCGAAUUUGAAAAGAAUUACUUGAAAAAUAUUCCAAAAAUAUGGACAGCUGCGGUCUUUUUGUACCAACAGAUUAAGAGAGGCAUCCUGAGCCGUGUUCUUUCAGGCCCACAGCUCCACAGAGAUUAACAUUUCUUUCAAUUCAAUCCACAAAGGUCUUGCAGAACACUGAAGUCUGUGUGCUGUAGUGACUGGAUUCGGAUUAGUACCUCUGGCCAAAACUGGGACAGAGGCUCUUCACUGCCCUCUGGUGGAGCAUAGAGUUCAGACAGCUUAUGUUUCUUAAUUUAGAAAGUCUAACACUGGAGAGAAGCUAAACUGCUUAACAAAUAUUCAGAUUUAUUAUUCAAUUAUUUAAACAUUCAUGACUAUUUGAAAAUUCUGACUCGUCCUUAAUUCAGUGCAUCACUUUUUUCAGUGUACAGGCUGGUUUUUAGUCCCAGGGACACUCUGCACCUCCCCUUUCUGAGUGUUGCUCUGCUCUAACAUUAAGCUUGUCCCAGUCAAGUUUAUUUGUCCAAUAAUCCUGAUUCAUUUGAUACUGAGUAUAAACGAGUCUGAUUAGAAUAGUUUUUUUCAUUGCACACUUCAAGUACAUUAUAAACCCAUUCUAAAAUGCUUUGAUUGGCUCUGAUACUGAACUUUCAGACUGGAUUGGGGCAUCUUUGUGUAACACAGCUGGUUCAACCCAUUGGAUGGUUAGUAAUUGGUCCACAAGUUGAAUCAGAUGUGGUACAACAGGGCAUUCAUAAAGAUGGACAGUGCAUUGAAUCUCUAGGGCUAAGACUUGGAUCAGUGAGAGCAACUGACCACUGACCACUUUUAUCGCUUAAUAAUCACUAUAUAACAGGAGCUGAGCUAAAUAGUUAAACUAAGUGAAGGUACUGUCAUAAAAUCUAACAUCAAAGAGCAGGAAAGCCGACCAUACUGACCGAGGGCUACAGACCAAAGAACCUGAGGGCAAAUCACCGAAGCCUGUUAGUAAGGAAACACCUACGAAGCACUAAAUACCACUAUGAAGCAGACAGCAGUGCGUUGAGUUGAUGUUCUAUGUUGGUCUAAGUCGUAUUUAGAAUUUUGAUGUCAAGACAACCCGGAUUUGUCCGUUGUCUCAGUGCUCUUCUCUAGUUUAGGGUUGCCUUUGCAAAUCUAGUUGGUGAGCUUAGCUUCUCAGAAAAAUCUGGACCUUUUUUUUUCUUAUGCACAUUACAGAUGUUUUAGUAAUCAUAGUGAAUAACUGACCAAAUGCUUUUGUGGAAGUUCACAUUACUGCAUCUGUAAUGACAGCUGUGUCUCUUAUUCAAAAAAUGAUCUGCAAUUUCUGCAUAAAUACAAUAUUUUACAACACCUGAUACAAAAUAAAGAGGCUUGAAAUCAGA